UGGAGUUUAAAUUCUCCUCAACUAAACCCCACUCACCGUUCUUCUUCAUGUUUCACUCCCAAUUCUGCUACUAAUCUAGUAACCUCCGCAAUUCAAAUUCAACAUUCGAUUCCACAAUGCAUUUUCCUUCACUUUCUCAUCAACAAUCAACACGUUUUUGAUUCUUCCCUCAUUCAAUCUGGAUAACUCUUCCGUCAUGAACGGUUUGUUAUCACACCUUUCAUCGUUUACCGCCACCAUAAUCGGAAGAACCACUCGAUUCGUCUCAAACAACGGAACUUCUUCCAAUUUCUCGUUCCCGAUAAAAUCACUCCAUUCUUGUGUUAGGUCUGAAUUCGCGUUGACAGGGUUUCGCUGCUAUUCCACUAAAAAAUCACUCAAAAGUGGUUCUUCUCAGUUGCAGAAAGGGGAUCAGAAAAAAGAUGCUUUUUAUGUUGUCCGGAAAGGGGAUGUUGUUGGAAUUUAUAAUAGUCUCAGUGAUUUUCAAGCUCAAGUUGGAUCUUCGGUAUGUGAUCCUCCUGUUAGUGUAUUUAAGGGAUAUUCAUUGUCGAAGAAAACAGCGAAAUAUCUUCUCUCGCAUGGACUAAAGAAUGCUUUAUAUACAAUUAGGGCCUCUGAUUUGAAAGUGGAUUUGUUUGGAUCACUUGUUCCAUGUCCUUUCAAGGAUCCUUCUUCUACCAAAGGGACCACAUCAAAUGGGGAUACAUCUAAAAAGAGAGCUAUAGAAGUGCUCGGACAAGAUAAUGUGAAAUCAACUGGUUUGACAUCCAUCUCUGAAGAUCCUUUCAGAAAGCAAGUCAAGUUAGAUCGUGCUGCCGCGAGUAAAGCAUCUUCAAUUGCAACUAAGACUUGUAUUGUUGAGUUCGAUGGUGCGUCAAAAGGAAAUCCUGGAAGAGCUGGUGCUGGGGCUAUUCUGCGAUCCAAAGAUGGGAAUGUGAUUCAUAAGGUUCGUGAAGGCGUGGGUAUAGCAACACACGAAGUUGCUGAAUAUCGUGCAGCGAUAUUGGGAAUGAAAUAUGCUCUUAAGAAAGGAUUCACUAAUAUCUGUAUACAAGGGGACUCUCAACUUGUGUGCUCGCAGAUUGAUGGCUCAUCGAAGGUCAAGAAGGAGAGUUUGUCUACAUUGUAUAAGGUGGCCAAAGAACUCAAGGAUAAAUUUGCGUCAUUUCAGAUUAGUCAUGUUUUAAGGAAAUUCAACUCCGAUGCGGAUGCUCAAGCAAAUUUGGCCGUCCAUCUUGCUGAUGGCCAAGUUCAGGAAAAGUAGUAGGCUAAUUCAUUCAUGGCAGUUAAUGAUUAUGAAUCGGGUUUGUGGCAGAACACCUUCAAUUUACGGUUCCCUGUCACUGUUCUUUCAUUUAUUGGUGUCACAAAUUAUAUAGCAAUCAAAACCUCAAGGACGAACUAUUUUGAACUAGUCCUCUAUCACUGCUCAUGAAUUGGCUAAUGUUUUCUAGUUCAAUGUUUCGAGCCAGCAGUCUUCCCGUGGUCUUGAGAUGGCAAACAAAGCUCAUUUCAAUUUUGUUCUAAGUUUUUUGAAAAUUCUUCCCAAAAUUACUAACAGAAGAUCCAUAUGGAUGAUGAUGGAAUUGGGAAUUCCAUGAAGCCUCAUAAUUUCUUUAUUCGACAUUUGAGUCACUAAUCAUGUUGUGUAAGGAUUAAGAUGUUUCACAAAUAUGAAAUGAUUCGUAUAAACCACAUGAGUUUCCUAGUAAAUAAUGUCUCCAAUUUUGUAUGGCACUGACUAAUUAAGAAUUAAGCAAAAUCAAUUAAAGAGUUAA